AUGUACACACCGCUAGCAGUCGCAUACCCGCCGCUAGCAGUGAUGUACACGCCGCUAGCAGUGACGUACCCGCCGCUAGCAGUCACCGUACCCCCUCUACCCCCCCACCUGUCUUUCUCCCGCUGCCCACCCCCACUCUGCCCCCCAACUUUCUAUGAGCCGUGCACCCCCUUCCAGUCACCUUUUCCCCCUCACCUGUAUCCAGCGUGGGCACCACCCCAGCAUCCCUUUCCCCCUGUCCUCCCAGCGCUCCACCCGUCCCUCCCCGGCACCAGACAGUUUUUCCCAUCGGCAGCCAACCCCUACACCCCCUGCACCUGCCCCCUGUGCCUUCUAUCCCCCUCCCCCGACCCACGCCAGUCACCCCCUCUCUUAAUAUCCUCCAUUUACACUCCCCCCUGGGGGCCGCCCCUCCCCUAUUGUCACCUAUCUUCGUUUCCCCCACCCCCUCUGUCCUUUGUGCCCCAGCCCCCCACUUUCUUUUCCUUGUUCCACAGCGUCUCCUUCAGGUGCCCUCUCUGCCCUCCCGCUUUCACACCACCCGCCCCUCAACCCCUUCAUCACCCACCGCAAGGCUCACGCCAGCUCGACCACUCGUUCCCUCACCAACUACCCUUCGCCCCUCCCCCUCUGCCCUCCCCCUUUCCCUCCCUCCUGGGCCCCACCUGCCCACCCUCACCUCCCGUUGACUUCUGUCCCGGGCCCCCCCUUUGGUUGCACCACCCUUCCCCACACCCUGCUCACCCCCCGCUACACCACCUCCCCUUCCCCACCUCCCCUGCACCCUGCCACCACUUCCCCCCCCUUCUGUCCUCCAGCCCGUCCCCCCCUUGGUCCCCCAUCCUCUCCAACGGCCUUCCCUCGGCACUAGACCGCCUCCCCCUCCCCCAGCCAACCUCUACACCCCCAGUUCCUGCCCCUUGUGCCUUCCAGCCCCUCUCCCCAACCCCCCCCAAUCUCCCCCUUCUCCAGUACCCUCCAUAUUUCCUCCCCCCUGGGGCUCGCCCCUCCGCUAUUAUUACCUUUCACCGGUCCCCCAAUCCCCUCUGUCCCCUGUCUUCUAGCCCCCCCAGUUUAUUCUGCAUUUACCACAGCUCCUCUUUUCGGUGCCCUCUCUGCCCUCCCACGUUCUCACCCCCCGCCCCCCAACCUCCUCACUACCCGCUACCAGGCUCACGCCAGUUCUACCACCCUCCCCCUCCCCCUCUGUCCCCCCCCCUUCCUUCCCCACCUUGCUCCACCUGCCCAUCCCCACCUCCCGUUGAAUUCUGCUCCGCCUCUCCUCACUUCGGCCCCACCACCCGGCUCACCCCUCGCUACAUCACCUUUGUUCCCCCACCUCCCCUGCAACCCGCCACCACUUCCUCUCCCCUUUGUCCCCCAGCCUGUCCCCCCCUUGAUCCCCCAUCCCCCCCAACGGUCUGCCCCUGUUACCCUCUCUUGACCCCACUACGCACCCCUGUCCCCAUCCUCUUCCCUUUGUUUUUCCAAGCUACCCCCUCCCACCCCGGCCUCUGCCAGGGAGUUUCUACCCCCUUUGACGCCCUUUCCAGCCAAUUCCAGCCACCCACAUCGUCACCACCAGGCAUGCCGUAUCUCGGGGGCACCCGUGCAGGCUCAGUGGAGAGGUCCUCUAACUCACCCACCACCUCCCACUCCCAGGCCAAAAAACAAAUGGAAACACCAAAUCCCGCCCGCACACCCAACCACACAGUAGUGGGGGAGGGCAGAGCCGGUGGGGAAUCUGUGACAAACGCUACAGGGAAAGGGGUGAGUGAGUCUAUGAGGGAAAGGGCAGCAGAGGCCGCACGGGAAGGGUCAGCAGAGGCUGCGGAGGAAGGGGCAGCAAAGGCUGCAGGGGAAGGGGCAGCAGGGGCUGCAUGGGAAGGGGCAGCAGAGGCUGCAGGGGAAGGGGCUGCAGGGGCUGCAUGGGAAGGGGCAGCAGAGGUGGCAGGGAAAGGGGCAGCAGGGGUUGCACGGGAAGGGGCAGCAGAGGCUGCAGAGGAAAGGGUGGCAGGGGCUGCCGAAGAUGGCACCGGAGUAGGGUCUGCAGAGGAAGGGGCAGCAGAGGCUGCAGAGGAAGGGGCAGCAGGGGAAGGGGCAGCAGGGGCUGCAGAGGAAGGGGCAGAAGAGGGUGCAGAGGAAGGGGCAGCAGGGGCUGCAGAGGAAGGGGCAGCAGAGGCUGCAGGGGAAGGGGCAGCAGAGGCUGCAGGGGCAGGGGCAGCAGAGGCCUCGGCAGAGGUGACAGAGGCCCCAGUAGGGGCGACAGUGGCCCCAGCAGGGGCGGCAGAAGACCAAGCAGGGGCGGUAGAGGCCCCAGAAGGGGCGGCAGAGGCUCCAGCAGGGGCGGCGGAAGCCACAUCUGGAGCAGCAAGUGUUGGAAUGGGUGCUGCCAGUGAAGUGCCAGCUGUAGGUCCGGGCGCGGUGGGACAAGGGACAGUGGGGACAGGAGAGAAGGGAACGGGUCAGCCCAAGGGAGAAGUAGACGAGGUGGUUAUGACCCUUUCGGAGGGGAGCGGGAUGGGGGACCUGAUGCUCAUCGAUGGCCCUCUGGCCCACUACCUCACCCUCACGGACGGGGACGACAGAGACCCCUCGCUGCCCCAUGGUCCCCCCCCUCCCACAGCGGUACACAUCUCCGAGGUGUCGGGUCCAACCUCUUACUCCCACUCCACGCUCUCCACACCUCUGAUCCGCCACCCCUCCUAUCACCUCCCCCGGGCUGCCAUUGCCCCCCCCGCACAGCCCACCCGGCCGGCCCCCACGGAGGGAGAUGCCAUGGAGAGGGAGGAGAUGCAAAUGGAGCUCCCCCCACCUGGCCAACCACCCACGCUCCCCCCACUCACUCCCACGGCCCCUCAGCCCCCCCUUCUCACACCAGCAGGCACGGACAACCAAAACCAGGUUGGCCGCCGACGGAAGAAGGGAGGCAAAGGCGGCAAGGGGUCAGCUCACCUACUCCCCCGUCCCUCCCUUCCCCCCCAGGCGCCCCUCCUCACCUCACAUCCCGCUGAACCUGCACCAGGCCUUACCCCUAUGGGCCAACCAACACACAUACACCCCCCUCCCGUUCCUGCCCCUCCGCAGGGCCAUGGGAGCGAUCCAGCCCACUCACCCUCGGGCUGCCCCUCCCCUCCUCUAAACCCCCCCCAGGUGGCAGCAGCCGCGUACGUCAUCGGGAUGGGGGCCGACGAGAGGAGGGAUGCGCCAAUGGCAGACGCUACCGACUCCUCUUCCCAUACCUCCCACCCCAUUCGGCUAGGCUCUUCACUCCCGUUCCCGAUGGAGACGGACCUGUUUCUGAGGCUGUGUCACCCGCACCCAGAUGUGGUGGCGCCUCCCCCUGUGCAGCCUGUCACCGACGCACUUCCCGUGGCACAGGAGGGCACCGGCACCGGGCUCGAGGUCUCCGCUCCUGCCGAUACCCCUUCGCCUGGAGUAGCAGAGCCGCCACGCGGACCCCACCCCGCCGAGGGAGAGGAGCACACCAUGGCAUGCUCUUUUGGCUCACCUCCACAUCCUCCCUCCUUGACUACAAGGCCGGUACGGCCGGGGGACCCGACCCCAUCUAGUGUGGCACCAUCUCCACCUCUGCCGACACCCCUCCUGCACGAGGUCGGUGAGUCUUCUCCUACCCUCCUCCCAGGCGAUCGACUUGGAGCUCAAGCCGACCAUGGGGUCCCUUCUACGGCCAGUUCCGACGCCACAGCCCCAAUCGACCCCACCGACACGGCGACGUCACCCGACCAGGUCGUGAGAUGCUCCACCUGCAGGAGCUCUCUCGCGAACCGACGCGCGCUCCAGCACCACACUCCCUUCUGCCAUCCUGCGGACGCAGCUCGCAGGGCACAGGCUGUCCAUGACACCACCUCGAUCCUCCCUUCCCUCUCACAGCCGCAUGCGACCGGGAUACAGUUCACUGACGCACAGUGGCAGACGCUUGACUCGGUGGACUGGACGGAGUACUUCUCGCCUGAGCGUAUUCAUGCACGCCCUCUCCGGCGUGUCUCGGAGAGGAUCCGCGGAGGAUAUCUCGACGUCCUCAGUGCGAUCCUAGCCCGCAUUGCCCAGGACCCGGAGGUUGCUGGCCCUACCUUCCUUCUCGCCGCAGCGCCCACCCUUUUCCUUGCUCCAGCGACGCCACCUGACCGCUCGCACACGGCGGCCAUUGCAACGCGCAUCUCCCGCUUUGGUCAAGGUGAGUGGGAUGAGCUACUCUCGGAGGCACUAGGCCGCCUCACACCCCUCCCUCGACGCACAGGUCACCACUCACGCACCGCCACCGAUCCCUCCACAGCAAAUGAGCGCCGCAUUGCACGUUGCCUUUGUCUGGCAGCGUGCAAUGUGACCUCAUGGGCCUGCGCGACUCUCGAGUCCGCGGAGGCGGCCCCAGAUACACAGGGGACGAUACAGCGCCUACGCUUCGCUUCAGGUGAGCCAGAGCAGAUUGACCGAGCUCUGCAGACGGCGCUAGAGGGCCUCCCACCGGAUGUUCUCUCCCUGCUUCCCUCCUGGCCCUCUUGUGCUUCCGCCUCCCCCGAUUCCCUUUUUACAGGAGCGAGCCGCCUUCUGGAGGCGCAUGCUUUGGAGGCCGUGCGUGCCCAUCACACCUCUCCCUUACACCUUGCCCGUUUGACUUCCCUUCAGGGCGUAGGUGCAGGAGCGUGGCUGCAGUCGGUGCCGUACGCCGAUCCACUGCGCAUCCCGGAGGCGCAGUGGCAGGUGGCCUCAUCAUCCCGUCUUGGUCACCCUAUCGCCCAGUUAGCUCUCACAGGUCAGUGCUCUUGUGGACAGGCGAUCAACGAUAUGACGGUGCCCCAUCACGCGGUUCGGUGCCCACGAUUCGGCGUCGCCACGACCAUCCACGACACGGUGAAGUUUUUGCUUCGAGACUUCGCGGUUGAGGCGGGCUUCGCGGUGAAGGUGGAGGACUCUACGCUGUUCACACAGUUGGAGGCGGCUCGAGCGAGACUGCAGGGACAGCCGGUGGUGGGAGAGGGGACACGGGCUGGGGGGCCGCUGGAGCAGAGGGGCGAGGCGGGACAGCCGGGUAGUGGGGGACAGUGGGGACAGCAUCAGCUGCGGGGUCGGGUGGCGAGAGGAGCAGGGGGGCAGAGGGGACGGCAGGGGGAGCAGACAGGUCAGGACGGGGAGGGGGGACAGCAGAGGCAGCAGCAGGGGAGCCAGCGGAGACCGCAGGCCCAGGGCGCCGCGCCUCCGGGUUUGGGCUCGGGGGUGGGGCAGGGGCGGGAGCAGCAAAGAGCGGACGGAGGUACAGGGGGGGCAGCAGGAUCGGGAGGAGAGGACCAGGGAGUGAGAGAGGCAGCAAGGGAUCGAGCAGGGGGGUUGGGAGGGUUGGGGGAGGGUAGAGAAGGGGAGGGGAGAGGACAGGGGGGUGGAGGAGAGGACAGGGGGAGAGAGACAACUGGAGAGGAGGCACCGAGGGACCAGACAGACGCAUAG